UCCGCCGAUUGGCUGUGGAGUGCCAGGUAGGGUGCUAAGAUAUACAGCCUUCUUGCUGAAGUUGGAAGUCUCCUCCCCGAUCGCAUUCCCCAAGAGAUUCUUAUCACCUGAGCUUCAUCGUCUCGAAACCUCUGAGCACAGUGCUCGGGUGGGCGGCUACGCGGCUACUCGACUCCUCUCCCGAGCGCAGAGCGGCGGUGGUCGGCAGCAGCCAUGGUCACCUACAAGGCCACCUUCCGGACGGGUACGGCCAGGUUCUCCGGGACGGACAGCACCGUGCACUGCACGCUGAUCGGCGAACACGGCAAGAGCCACCGAACCGUCAUCGACAAGUGGCUAAAGCAAGACUUGGAGAGGUGCUCGGUGGACCAAUACGACAUCCCCAGCGACAGAGACCUGGGCAGCAUUUGGUUCGUGGAGCUGGAGGUGACUCGUUACCUGGUGCCAGAUUUCUGGUUCCUGGGCAACAAUGACUGGCUCUGCUGCUCGGUGACGGUGGAGGGGCCGUCGGGGAAGAGUCUUCACUUCCCCUGCUACAGGUGGCUGGACGAGUGCACGGUCUGCCUUCGUGAGGGGACAGCUAAGAAGUUCUGUGACGACAAGUUGGCCAUCUUUCACGACCAUCGCCAGGAGGAACUGCGGGAGAGGCAGCGUCUGUACAGGUGGAGAGCUCCAGCUCCCAAUCUACCGAGGUGCAUUGACUUCGAGACAGUGGACGACCUCCCAAUGGACCUGAAGUUUAACGAUGAACGACAGCGGGAUUUCCAGUACUCAUUUCUACUGGCCAUGAAGAACCUGCGCCUGAAGCGUUUUGUGAAUAUGUUCAGACAGUCCUGGAGCUGCUUGGAGGAUUUUGAUAAUAUUUUCUGGAGCGUAGAUAGUCCUAUUGCAGUACAUGUUAAGGACCACUGGAAGGAGGACUGGUUUUUUGGGUACCAGUUCCUGAAUGGCUGCAACCCAGUGAUGAUUCGGAAGUGCAGUAAGAUCCCAGACAAUUUCCCUGUGACGGACGCCAUGGUGCAGUACUCCCUGGGCAGCUCCACGCUCCAACAGGAGGUUAAGGAUGGCAAGGUCUUCAUCGUUGACUGGAAGAUGCUGGAUGGCCUUGAUGCUAACAUCAUCAAUGGGGAACAGCAGUGCCUGGCAGCACCUAUCUGUCUCCUUCACCUGGACCGAAAGAACCGCAUGAUGCCCCUCGCUAUUCAGUUGAAGCAGACACCAGGAGUGGACAAUCCCAUCUUCCUGCCCUCGGACACUGAGCUGGACUGGCUGCUGGCCAAGAUGUGGGUGAGGACUGCGGACUUCCAAUACAGCAAUCUAAUCUCUCACCUCCUGAACACCCACCUUCUUGCCGAGACUUUCUGUGUGGCCACAAUCAGGCAGCUGCCAUCUGUGCAUCCGAUAUACAAGCUCCUACUCCCGCACACCAAGUACACGAUGCACGUCAACACACAGGCCAGGCAGGACCUGAUCGGUGAAGGAGGGAUCAUGAGCAAGUUGCUCGCCAUCGGAACCAAGGGACGCCUCUUGCUGUCUCAGCGGGAGUUCUUGGCCAUAACCUACCAGUCGCUGUGUCUCCCGGACGCCCUGGAGCUCCGUGGUGUGGCCGACCUAGAGGGUUACUACUACAAGGACGACGGACUGAGGAUAUGGUCAGCCAUACUGAGGUUUGUCGACAAGGUCGUGACCUUCUACUACCAUGAUGAUGAGGAGGUGAAGGGUGACCCUGAGCUCCAGGCCUGGAUUACAGACAUCACCGAGGUCGGACUUCAAGACUUGAAGGAUUCUGGAAUCCCGACUGAAUUCUGUUCCCGUUCAGAACUCUCCAAGUUCCUCACCAUGGUCAUCUUCACCUGCACUGUCCAACAUGCUGCUGUGAAUAAUCCACAGUUCGACUGGGAAGCCUGGGUACCCAACUCACCCUGUACGAUGAGAAGACCCCCUCCUACGGCCAAGGGCUCGGUGACGAUGGAGUACAUCAUGGCCUCUCUGCCUGACAUCUCACAGUCUAGUCUCCAGAUGUCCAUCAAAUGGGUCCUCAGCCAGAGGCUGGCUGGAAUGAUUCCCCUGGGUAACUAUGUGGAGGGAUUCUUCACCGAGGAGCAAGUGAAGGGGAUCAUCCGAGAAUUCCAGGAGGAGCUGAAGGAGAUUGAUCGCGCCGUCCAAGAUCGGAAUGAGGGGUGGGUCCUCAAAUAUGACUACCUGCAGCCGGUCAACAUCGAGAACAGCAUCACCAUCUGACCAACCGGGUGGUCAGGCUUGAGGGUGGAUGGUCAUUGUGUGCCUAAUCCUGAAUGGAAGGCUUCUGGCCACCGUAAGAUUCUCGUAGAGGCAACACAGCAGCAAAACAGUCCAUUCAGCACUUCAAGAAUCUGCUGACCAUCAACUCAAGUCUCCAGAGCAACGUUUUAUAUGUCUCACCCUGUCCCUCACCACACCCUACCCACACACUGUCCACCACUCCUUCCCAUCUCAUUAACUUCUCUACACUCUCCACCCCACUCCCACAACUCCCAGCCUCCCAACUUUCCCUAGUCUCUUUCCUGCAAAUCCUAGCCUCCCAGCUUUGCCAGAUCCUGCCCUUCCACCAUCAGCAUCUGUGCUUUCACCUGCCAAAGCCAUAGUCAUUGGAGGCCCCUGAAUACUUCUCCCACGUCCCAUCUCCCUCUGACAGAAUGGCUGCACUGAAGGAAUCCCUGUCUGUCAGGCAAGCUGGGAAUCUGCCUCCCUCGGAGAGCUGUAGAAGAAUUUCCUGAAAUUUGUAGCAGAAGCAUCCACCCCACCAUAGGAGGGAUGUUGAGGCUUUGGAGAAGUUGCAGAGGAGGUUUACCAGGAUGCUGCCUGGUUUACAGGGCAUGUGCUAUCAUGGGACACUGGAUAAACUUGGGGUGUUUUCUCUGGAGUGUCGGAAGCUGAGGGGAGAUCUGAUAGAGGUUUACAAGAUUAUGAGAGGCACAGAUAGAGUAAACAGGGAGUAUCUGUUUCCCAGGGUAGAAAUGUCUAAUACCAGAGGGCAUGUAUUGAAGGUGUGGGUGGGGGGGGAGGUUAGAUGUGAGGGGUAAUUUUUUUCCUCAGAGAAUGGUGGGUGCCUGGAAUGUGCUGCCUGGUAUGGUGGUAGAGGUAAAUACAUUAGAGGCUUUUAAGAGAUGUUCGAUUAGGUACAUGGAUGUGAGGAAGAUGGAGGGAUAUGGACAUGGUGUGGGUAGGAGGGAUUUGUGUUUGGGUGUUUUUGAUUUGCUUUUUAGCUGUUUUAGCACAGCAUUUUGGGCUGAAUUGCCUGAUCGUGCGCUGUACUGUCCUAUGUUCUGUGUUCUAUUUCCCGAAGCUCUCCCAGAAUCUUGCCCAUCACUCCUCACUCAGCUGAUCACUGCGAAUAGAAUCUGCAGAUCUUGUUUGAGGGUACGGGCUGAUUCCCAAACUCCACGGGACUCCAGUACCUGCAUUGGAAUUCUGUUCACACCUACAGAAGUUCCCCAUUGGCUCUGAUGCCACUUGGAUCAACUGGUUGCCGUAAAUAGCGCUAUUUCAAUGCAAGUCUUUUCUGCACACUCUCCUCUCCUUCGCCGUGACCCUUGGGAUAUGUGUUUCCUUUUAGCUUUCAUUAUCUGCGAGGUGAUGUCAGAUCUCGGGACUGCUGCUGCAUUAAAGGUGUGACGUCAAUGAAAGUUGUUGUCGUUGUUGUGUGUGGGGU